CGAUAGCAGCCGGUGGUGUCACUCAACAACUGUGGAGACUUCAUAUUACUCUUACUUACCAAUACCUCGUAUUACUUAAUAGGGUUUACUUGAUAGAAGAGCUGUCAGGAAAACAAUUCAGCAGUCGCUCUGAUGGUCAGCCAUGGAUGAAGAUGACAGCCAAGAUGAGCUGAUCAACCGAAGUACAUCCCACAACAAAGGAAAAAGGGCUGCUUUGUGGGCCAUCUCAGAUGACUCAGAGGACAAUGAAGCGGAGUCUGAUGAGGGAGAAUCUGACAGUGGAGAGGAAGAAGAAGAGGAGGAUAAUCUAGAUGGAGAGGACGAUGAAGAAGAGGAGGAGGACGAAGAGGAAGAGGAUGAUGAAGAGGAGGAAAAUGCUAAGGCUGAGGGUGGAGCUUUCGGGGGAACCUCUGCAGACCUUGCAGAGAUGAGCUCCGAUGAGGACGCAGAUAAGUGUCCCAUCUGCCUUAACUCCUUCAGCAGCCAGCCUGUUGCCACACCAGAGGACUGUGAGCAUUACUUCUGCCUCGACUGCAUCCUUGAGUGGGCCAAGAAUGCAAACUCUUGUCCUGUAGACCGUAUUGCCUUCAACAGCAUCUACCUAAGAAAAUGUUUUGGAGGCAAAGUGAAGAAAGUGAUCACCGUACAAAAGCCUGUGAAGGAAGGUCAGGAGGAAAUCAUAGAUGUGGACCUGGAGCAGACCAACUGUGAGGUGUGUGGGAGCAGCGACAGAGAAGACCGCCUCUUGCUUUGUGACGGCUGCGAUGCUGGGUAUCACAUGGAGUGUCUCACGCCACCUCUUGACUCCGUUCCUGUAGAGGAAUGGUUCUGUCCUGAGUGUGUAGCCAACAACCGCAACUCAAGGGGCACAGCUGAAGAACUCAGUGAAACAGAGAGCCUUCCAUCUUCCGCCGUUCCUACCACUAGUCGCUCCCAGUCCCGCGCUCCGGGUCCAACCAGAGCUAUCGCACGGACACAGCAGAGUGAGAGAGUCCGAGCUAAUGUCAACCGACAUCGCAUCACACAGGCACGCACAUCGCAGCUGGCUCCCACAUAUAUGAUGCAGUCCACUUGGCUUGAUGAUACUAUUAAUGCUGUGGUGGCCGGGCUCAAUACAGCUGUUUAUAUAAGGAACUUCGCACCUCGCAUCCCAUCCAGCCGCCGGCGCAAGACUGUUAGGCGCAGAAGGACCAAGAAGACAUCUUCCGCUAAGGGUAGAACAGGAAAAGCAGGAAGUACAGGAGUCAAGAGGAGGAGACGAAGAGUGAGAAGGACUAAAUCCAGAAGAAAGCUGGCGUUGAAAAAGUCAGCCAAUGCUCGAAGUCGUAUUGCUAAUAAUCUGGGAAUUGUAAAGGACAAGAAAAGCUCUUCGCUGCCUACAGUGUACCGUCCAUCAGAGCACACGCUCAGCAACAUGCGUGCUGACAUAGGUGCUGCAUCCCUCUCUAUCUACGGAGAUCCAUUUGACCUGGAUCCAUUUACGGAUCGUGAGGAGGAAGAGCAGCAGCACGGCCAUGUGACAUCACUGUUAGAGGCCAAAAGACGAGGGAUCUCUCGCUCUGCUCUUCGAUCCCACCAGCCUGUAGCUCGUCCAGUCACUGGAAGCCUUUCUCGGAGGGCUAUAGAAGUCCCCCAAUCAGGAGGUGUUGUGGAGGCGGCUCCCGUGCCUGACCUGCUGGGCAGCAUUCUCACAGGACAGAGCAUGCUCCUGAUGGACAGCUCUGAUGUUGUUAUUAACCGAGAUGGUUCCCUUAAAUCUGCAAAGCCAAUGAUACCCUCUGCAUCAAAGCCAGGUUGCAGCUCAGGUGACGCCAGCCCCCACAUCAAUCCAGUGAUGUCACCCAACCAAGGAGAUGCAUGUCCGCUGCUCCACAACAACGGAGACCUACCAGGAUCUUCACAUAACCCCACAAGCAGACCUUUCUCCCAGAGCUCCUCUCGCUUACCCCACAACAUGCCCCCCUCAGCUAGCCGCAUCCAGCCCUCUCCCCAUUCUGAUUUACCACCCCGAGGUCAUCCCAGUUUGCAGCCACCUCGACCAAUCAAACCAACCCAUUCUACUGAUCAUCGAGGAACAAAUAGAGUAAUAGACUCCACCCACCCCACCUUAGACUCCAGCUCCAAGAACAACCAGCCUAAAAAAACACCUAUAAAGCCUAUGUGGGUAGAUGUCUCAGUUCUUCCUAGGAUACCAAAAAUAAAAAAGGAGAGCAGUGAUGCCAUAUAUUGCGGAACUAGUCCAGAUGCUGGCAGUGGCAGUGAUAAAAGUAGUAGUAGUAGGGAAAGUAUUAGUAACUCUACUCCCAGCCGUAAUGUUUAUGGCAUGCCAGAUACGGCCAUAAACAGCCUGGCUGGGGACAAGGGAAGGCAGCAAAGUGUAGACCAGCAAAAGGGCAGAGCUGAAGGUCGACAGAGACCUGACGGAGCAUCCUCAUCAUCUGCCUUCUCAAACUCAUUCUCCUCUUCCUCCUCCUCCUCCACUGGGUUUCCUUCCAGCCAGUCACAUUAUUCAUCCUCUUCAGCAGCUUCGUCAUCCGUGAGUUUCCGCAUUAACUCCAGCGGGAACUCCUGGCAGUCAAGGCGGCUCAGCGUGCCGUCAUCCUCUUCUUCUGCUGGAGGUGGCACGCAGGAACAUAGGAGCAAAAAGGAAGAUGACGUGAGGAAGAAACAGCUGCACAGGGAUAAAGAGAUGCUCCUGGCAACGCGGACACAGGUUAAAAAGGAACAAGACAGCGAUACUAUCUAUGAUCCGUUUGAUCCCACGUUGUCAGACUCGAGCAGCUCAGACGAUGAAGCUGAGCGCUCCCAAAGCACCUCACGUGAGGUGAAAGCUCCUCGUUUAGGAAACAGGAAGAAUUUAGUGCAAAACAAGCAGGACCUAGUUCAUGUGAAAACUGAAACACAGGAGAUUGAGGUCUCUCCAGAAGAACCAAGGGGAUCCAGAGCUCAGGAAAACACAUCACAGGAGGUCAGAUGCUCAGAGGUAUUUGUAAAGACUGAAAAAGAAUCAGGAUUAUUAGACCCUGAGCCUGAAACACUAACAUUUCCUGACACUAAUUUUAAGAAAGAGCCAGGGUUAGAUGGGGAAGAAAUGACCGGACAUAGAGUAAACAGUACAUGUUCAGCGAUAGCAGGCAACCCUCCACCUGUUCAUCACAGCGUUGUUCAUAUAAAGACCGAGAGAGUGACUGCAGAAGUGAACGAGGUGAGAGUUGAAAGGUCACACAAUGCAGCCCCCAACUCUGAGAACAAUGCCCCCGCAUCCAGCUCUGCUCCCAUCAAGAAGAAACUAAAGGCAGAAGUCAAAACAGAGUCAGAGUCCCCAUCAAGAGAUUUGGACCAUAAGAAGAAAACCUCUCAUGCAUCAAAGGAGAGGCGCUCUAGCAGUUCAGACACAGAGAGAGGCAGGAGAGGAGACCAUCACACGUCGAGCACAGGAGGCCAGCAUAAGGAAAAAGAGAAGAACAAGGACAGAAGUUCCAGGCGAUCCAGGUCCAGAGAGAGGAGGAAGGCAUGCUCAACCUCAGAAAGCUCUCAGUCCAACUCCCCUGACAGGAACCGCAUAAAGAGACAACGGUCUCGGUCACGAUCAAAAGACAGGAGGCGAUCCAGGUCCGGCUCCAGCUCUAGCAGCAGAGAGCAUUCAAGGAGAAAAAAACAUAAACAAAGAAGCAACGAGAGAACUGAUGGCAGAGAGAGAGAACCUGAGAAAAGAAGACCGCCUAAAGACAAGAGACAUGCUCGAUCUCGCUCGAAAUCUCUCUCUAGAUCACGUUCCAGAUCGAGAUCAAAGGACCGUAAACGUGGUCGUUCUCGCUCAAAAUCACGGUCCAAGUCACGGUCGAGAUCCAGAUCCAAGGAAAGGAGAAAAGACCACACUCGACCUCAACAGUCGUCGCUCCCCUCUAAAGACAAGCAAGAGUCGAGGUCCAAAGACAAGAGGAGACGAAUGUCUAGGUCCAGCUCCAGAGAGAGAAGACAAGACAAAGGCUCAUCAUCCAAGAGUUCACAGACAACGUCUGGGUCGAGUGCUUCAUCCUCUAAAGACACAAAACCAUUAAAGAAAAAGGAGAAGGAUAUCUCUGGAAACUCCCUCAAGGUGGAGAAAGCUACUUCUGUGAAAAAAGAGGACACUCCUAUCUGCACUGCUGUCUCUGAAGUGACAAAGCAAGGCAAAGACCUCAAAACAGAGAGCCAGGCUACAACAGCAGAAACGUUUAAGGAGUUUAAAGUUGGAAAAGAAAUUAAGAAAGAAAAACAACCAUGUCUGGAUAUGUUUGAAGAUACUCCUAUUAUUAAACCAAUUAAAGAAGAAGUAACUGACACCCUUGUUUGGGAAGGAACACAUGAGGAAGGGAACAAAGAAGAACCAGUUAAGACUGAGAGAUGUGAAAUGCUAAUAAUUAAAUCUGAGCUAAGCUCCCCAGAAUUAUGCGCCUUACCCUCUGUCACCUCGUUGUCUUCACUCACAGCACCUGUGAAAUCUGACAGCCUUCAGGAUUCAGUCCCUCAGUCUCACCACAAGGCUUCUGCUGAUCAACCAAACACUGUCGAGUCGACGCUCUCCGUGAAGCAGCAAGUCCUGCAACCCUCCGACUCAGAUGAUGAUUUUAAUGUGGAUGUGAUGCUCGACAACCUGGACUAUGUAAAGUCAGAGCCCACCGGGGGAAGCGGUGCAACCAUCAAACAGGAGAAGGACACAGAGGGGGGAAAGAAUGAAGGAGAGCAGGUGUCGUCUUUACUAGGAGCUAAAUCAAAGACUCAUGUGAAGAGGGUUACGUGGAAUAUACAGGAGCCUGAGGGGCCGCAGCCAGAGAAAUCGUCAAGCAAACUGGCUCUUUAUAAACUGAGGCUGAAGCAGGAAGGACUUCGCAGACCUUCCUCGACGUCCCAAUCAACCAGUCAGGAUAUCACUGGAACUGCGAGUGACGCCUCCAGAAAGGGUUCUCGCUCCUCUAGAUCUGAUGCUGCAAAACCAGAGGGGUUACCAACCACUGGACAACUAGAGUCAGAGGAAGGGGAUACGUUGAACAAAGACAAGCAGUACUACCUGAAGAAGCUUCACAUGCAGGAGAGAGCUAUAGAGGAGGUGAAGCUAGCCAUUAAACCUUUCUACCAGAGGAGAGACAUCAACAAGGAGGAAUACAAAGAGAUUCUGCGCAAAGCCGUCCAGAAGGUGUGCCACAGCAAGAGCGGAGAGAUCAACCCAGUCAAGGUGGGAAAUCUAGUCAAGGCAUAUGUGGACAAAUACAAGCAUGCCAGAAAACACAAGAGAGGAGAGGACACAGGGAGGGAACAGGAGGCUCAGACUGAGGGCAUGAAAACCUCUGACAGCCCCUGAAAGAGAGAGGUUUGAACUACAAGCAGGACAGCCACACAUGAACAACACUCAUUCAUAUAUUUAGGUAUGUUUUCCAACUGAAAUAACUAAGAUUUGCUCACCGCUUCAAGAUGGAAUACUUUCUGAAUGUUAAUAUUUUCAUCUCGGCUAAAUCUUGAGAACAAGUUCUUUAUGCUGAAUCACUGAACAGCAAUGUCUCGAGACAUUCGUCUCGAGAUUUUUGUGUAGUGCAGCUCAUACAAACCAGUAGGAGACUUUGAGGUUUUGCCUAAAAGAGGCAACUCUGAGACUCUUCCAUGGAGCUGGAAAUCAGGUAGCUUUCUCCACAUUUGUUUUUCUAUGACUGUCUUUGUUUUGUGGGAGGGAGGGAGGGGGGAGGGGUAUUUAUCAGUGUCAUGGUUGAGAAGUGGUGUAAGUAUGCAGAGUAUGCAUAUUUGAGGCAAAAGACACAGUUAUGCAAUUUUGUAGAAAAUCCGAGUAAUACAGAAACAAUUUUAGAGUUGGUUGUAAAUACUAGAUUUGAUAUCCUCUCUUAUGUUCCUCUCUUGUGCUGCCUGUUGCGAUUAGCUGGUUAUAUAAAUGGAAACUCCAGUAGAAUAGAUGUAUGUUAUAUAAAUGAAAGCCUCUGUGAUCUGUCUCCUACAUUUCUAAUCUCCAUGUCUAAUGAGCCAAACGUAGUCCAAUCACUUUUUCUUAAAAAAACAGCCUCUUCUGUUCAAAAAAACGUAUUCUUAAGUUCUCAUUAGUGAAGCUUUUUUUUUGACCCAUGACUGAAGUGUAUGAAACAAGUUUUAAAGAACAAGGAAAUAUUUUGUUUUUGUGCCAAACGCAUCAAAAUAAUAUGAAUAAAAAGAGGCAUCAUUUCUCUGA